GCUAUUGAGUCGACACACCGGUAACCCGCCGUCUUGUUGUACUCCUUGCGUUCAGUCUUCAGCCUGAACCAUGGAGAAGCAUCAUCUGCUGCGUCGUGAUCCCAACUGGCACCCGAACGGAUGCAACCUUUGUGGCCAGCUGGGGCAUCAAGCAGCCAACUGCCCGAACGGAACAAUCAACUGGCGGCAGAUCUACGGUGAUGAAGCCUUCAUCCUGCGCCAGCCCAUCUACUUUUCGGACAUCCAGGAACGCAUAAAGUUUAAAGAGGAUGGGAUGAAGGACCUUGAGGCACGAGCACAAGCAUACGCCAAGGCCAAAGCUGAGGAGCAGGGUCUCAGCUGGGCAGACAUCAUGGCCAGGGCGGAGGAGCUGCGCAACAAGGACCCCUCGGAGGUCAUUCCCCGGGCGCCGCCCACAGCAGCCGCCGGCGACGAGUCGCUGCCCGCCGGGUGGGCGGUUGCGACCGACCCAGCGGGUCGGCAAUACUUUUGGCACAAGAAGACGCAGAAGGUGCAGUGGGAGAAGCCCACGGAGGACACACCCAUUAACUAGCGGGCUACCAGGCUGCUGUAGUGCUGCAACACAGACGAGUACUGCACAGCGGCUUUAAACGAGCGGGACUAGGCAGCUAUUUGGCUUCUGCUGUCGUACUUACGGACGGCAGCAGCGAGCCAUACAUGCUGUAGCAAGACUGGACUGGAGGCGCAAGGCUUCGGACGAGGGUGUGCAGACAUCGGGUUAUUGGCAUUUAAUGGCAAGCUGGCAGGCUUGCGAUCAGGGGGCCGAGCAGUGCUGGUAGUAGCUGGCACAUGACGACCCUCCAUCCAGCAAAGCAGAGCAAAGCAGGCAGCACUGGGCGACCAGACGGAACAUGACAAGGCGGGGCACGUGACAAGGCGGACAUGGCAAUGGACCAGCAGCCGCUUGGGGGCCGCAGCGGAGGCCGUGCGCUGGGGCGAUGGAUUGUUGUAGGCCGCCGCUGAGCCGCAGGCGGGGAGCUGGUUGCGGAGGGCAGGGGCAGCUGCUGUGGUCCUGUGUGUCAGCAGCAGCAGCAGCAGGCGAGUGAGGACUGCAGGGGCGGUAGCACGGGUAGCGCAGCUCGGGGGCAGCACACCCUGGCAGGAUAGUGUACCCUGCCUGGGUACUCUGGUAUAUGAUAGCCAGCGGGCGCUCUUGGACUUGACGAUGGCGAGCCGAGGCAGCAGCAUGGGGGGGGGUGAGGCCUGGGGCGCAUGAGCUCACGGCAAGCUGGGAUCUGGGAGGGUUGACCCGAGGAGUGGGGAGCACUGGAGGUCAGGGUCACGUGCCCCUGUCGGCAGGCGCAGUGGGCAGAGGAGGGGUGGCCGCUACCCUGUCGAGCCCUUUCGGGUCACUGAGGGACGCCCUGUGUGGCGGUCUGCGUGGUGGAGGAGCUGCAAGAAAACGCAGCUGAGGACGCACAGCUAAGUAGGGCGGUAAACCGGCAUGCACAUACAGUUGUGGAAGUGGGGGGUUAUUGCUUUCGAGGCCAUGAGUUGACGGUUACGGGAAACUGCUGCAGUAUCAGGCACUGUUUGAUUGUCACGGCAGCUGCUACGGACGAAACUUUGACAGCGAGUGGGAGCACGGAAUCCCAGUUAUUUGCUGCACACAGGCAAAAAUACGACUCCUGGACGGUCGUUCGUGACGCUCUGCCGGCUAAAAAGGACUCUGUUGAGCGUGGCUUGUUUGCUUGUAUGCGUGUGACCAGCCCUCGGGUGCUCGGGCAGGCUAACCGGGGGUCCGGUAACUACCGGUAUUGGGCUGCGGGGCCAGUGGCGGUUACAGUGUUGUUGCACCUGCUGCUGCCUGCCUGCCCUGUGCAUGCAGCAGGGCGCUACAAAGGAGUGGUGGUAUACGUGCCGUUACAUUGGUGGUGGUCGCCUAGAUUGCAUCUUGACGAGAAUGCGGGGAUGUUUAGUCGCGGAGGAUAUUGUAGUGCAGUGAAUGUGCGGACGGCAAGGCCUCCCUGCUUCCAUUGGCGUAGGAUCCCUGCGCUGUGGAUUCCUUGUUGGAUGCAGUUGGGCCCGUGACGCUGGGCAUGCCUUGCCAGCGCUAGCCUUAUUGGGUUUUGUUGGUUGUACGGACCGAGUACGGGCAGAGUAGGCAUCAAAUCACGCCGAGUGAGAGAGAGCAGUCCCCUGCAAGGGCAUCCCCGUGAAGGAUGUCAGGCCGU